UAGAAGAAAGUACAAAGCAAAUGUUAUGAGGUUGUCAAGUCUUUGUGUGCUGUUUCUUGCAGCAGUAACAGGACUGAGAGCCGACGGCGAAGAAGCUGUUGAGAAAGAAUGGCCAGCUUGUGACUCUGCUGCCGCUGACAAAACAGCAGUCAACCCCCUUUGCGAUCCAUGCUCACCCAAAGUGUACGUGGAAUACGCGGACGAGCGUAACACACAGGUUUACCAAAAACCUCCAGGCUCCAGACUUAACAACUACGCUGUGAAGGGCUGGACCAGGUUUAUGAGUGGUUCAGGAAGGCUCCUGACCACCUGCCCCCUGAUGUACAGUUGUGGAGGUAUCUACCCUAUCUGGCUGAACUCAGAGCACCCUGAAGAGGAUGCAGGUAUCACUGACGGAGAAGUGUGCUCACAUUUCACUAACGGUAACUGUUGUACCUACAAAAGAGCUAUCCGCAUGAAGAACUGUGGCAGCUACAUGGUCUAUAUGCUUACUUACAACUCUCCAGUAACCAGCUCUUAUAACGGAGCUUACUGUGUGGCUCCCGCUGAACAGCCAGAUGUGUGUAAUGAUAGUACAUUUACCCUGAAAGAAGACACGUGGGCAAGAGGAGAGCUCCAAACUUCUACUUCUAAUAGUCACGAUCCCAUCCAAACAGAUAACACCGACAACUGGUUCUCCUUCGCCGCUGGUAAAGGAACCAUGAAGAGGACCUGUCCAGGUAUCCACCACUGUGGUUGGAGAUACCCUAUGUGGCUGGGAGGUGAGUACCCCACAGAAGAAGGUAAGAUUUCUAUGUUGAUGGGGCACGCUGCCACUUCUGCAUCUAACGUAUGCUCCAUUACCAACUCUCAUCCAGUUUAUAUCGUCAAGUGUGGAGAAACAUACUACCACAAGUAUACCAGGAUAAUAUCCUACUCUGGGUAUUGUGUAGAUGAAGACUUCUCCGACGUGUGUAAGAACGCUGUGGAGCUGUCUGAGGAAUGGAGAGGAACAACUAUUGAUAAGACACGUGAUCACUGUGACACACUUGGUCUGAGCGACUUUGAGAGCUGGUACCGUAUGAACGUGUACGAGAAGAAGAUGCCGGAUCAUUGUGUGGCUCCCAACAAAUGUGGCGGAGACACAGGGUACUAUGUCGGGGGAGAACUUGGUCAUCCAGCUGCAGGCGAGGGAAUUGUAGGAAGAACAUUCUACUACUCUUCAGCUUCCAACUGCAAAGCCAGCGCUCUAAACGGACACAUCCUCAACUGUGGUAACAAAGAUGACGGAGACGAUUACAUCUACAAAUGGGUCAAACCCUCUGGAUGUGACCGUGUGUUCUGUGUAGAACAGGAUCCAUGCUCCAGCACUGUGUACAAAAAGUUGGACCAGGAUGGCAGAGCUGGCAGAACCGCCAGUGCUGAUAAAAUCAGUGACAACACUCUGGAACACGGCUGGUACAGAUUCCCCAGGGAUGAAGGUAUUAUGGCUAAGUCACCUGUCCUACCUGGACACAGUGGUAUCACCUACCCUGGAUGGUAUGAUGGAGAGUAUCCUCUGGAAGAAGACGAUGAAAAGACCGGAAGAGCCUGUUUCUCUUACAACGGUAACCCAUGUUACCAAGAGAGACCAGUGACUGUCAGGAACUGUAAGAACUUCUACGUGUACCAUCUACAACAGACUGCUGCUAACUAUGGAUAUAACUUUGAGCAGGACGUCUGCAAGCUGGAGACAAUGAAGAUGGAUCAGGAGUGGAGACUUCAGUACAACCUGGAUGCUAUUACACAGACAGACAGCACACUGAAGGCUGGGUGGUACGAAGUAACAAUUGGAGAGAAGCAGCUUGCUACAGAGAAGACUCUCUACAAACACGGAGGAAAUGGCAAGUACCCUGGAUGGAUUGAGGGAGAGCACCCUGCUGAGACCGAAGGAAUUGUUGAGAGGACAGUGUUUUUCACAACGACCGAUACGAACAACAAGGGAGCAAGCACUAAAAUUUACAUCAGGAACUGUGGAACUAAAUAUAUCUACUAUAUCCGACCAUUCUCCAACAACUACUUCUACGCGAUUGCAGAUAAUCUGUGCCAGAAGGGAAGCUACGAGGAGGUAGAUCAGGACAACAGACUUUACUCUAACCCUUCAGAGCUGAACAACCCCUGGAAUAACGACAACAGAUUCUUCGUUACAUACACAUCAUGGUAUAGAUUUAUGAAUGGUAAUGGUAGACUUGCCGAGUACCCCAAGAUAAAAUCAAACUGGAGAGGAGGAUUCCAGUAUCCUUACCAGUUCGAGGAUGGCUCUCACGCUAAAGUCCCUAAUGCAGGAGAUAUAAGCGAGGAGCUGAUCAUGGAGCACUACAGAAGUCCUGGAACCGAACUAAGAGGAGCCAGUGAUCGGUAUAUUGGCUGGACUUGGAAGAUGACCAUCAAGAACUGCGGUGCUUACUUCGUCUACAAAAUCCCACCUCUGAGUGGGAGUUAUACCAGAUCCGGUGUCGUAGUUGAUGACGAUGACGAUAGCGUAUGUGAAGACGACAGAUACACAGAGACUGACGACAAGAUGAGACUUGUCUCCUCGGUCGCUACCGGAACUGGAACCUCUGACGCCUACCUGGCUGAGGGGUGGUACCGUCUAACAGCAGGACUUGGAUACAUGCCAACCUCAACAUUCAUCGGCACACAAUGUUCCACCAAGUACCACGGACAUCUCCAGUAUUCUCAUCCCACACAGGAAGAAGGUAUUGUAGAGAAUAACGUGAGAUUUAUGAGUACAAGUGUAAGUGUAGCUUCUAACAGGAGAACUUGGGUGAAGACCUGUGAUGGGUUCUUCUUGUACCGUCUUAGAGAGUCUCCAAGUGCUGAUUACAGAUAUUGCGAGGCAACACCCGGGUGUAAGAACGCCAGAGAACUUGAAAGCAUGUGGAGAGUGAACAGCAGGAAACUGAUGACAGGAAGAUAUGAGAGCAGUGUGUUCGGUAACGACGGCUGGGUCUACUUCACUCAGGGUCUCAAGAGGAUUCCAGAGUCACCCCCUCCUAGAUCUGUAGGAGGUUGCACUUAUAACGGAUACAUAGACUCUCAUCCUAAAGAGGGAGAGGGAGCCGUACCAAGGAUUAUGAGGUUCCCCGGUGUUGACAAGGAGCAACUUAUCGAGGUAGAGAACUGUGGAGAUAAAUACGUCUACUUCCUGACCAAGAGCAUCGCUAACGACUACUGUUACGUCGCGGACACGGACGUGUGCUCUGAGGAUGUAUACAGAGAGGUGGACGAUGUCAGGAGACUGCAUUACUCUCACAAAUACGGAACUGGCUUCACUAGAUUCGACCUUGACAACAAGUUCAACGGCUGGAUAAGAUACACAAUAGGAAAAGGAAGGAUGAUGGAGGAACCUCCUGCAAUUACUAACAUGUGUACCACUGACUACCAGGGUUGGAUAGACGGGGUACACCCCAAGGAUAACGAAGGAGUUGUACAAAGAAAGGUAUGUUGGAAGUAUAACGGAAACGACUGCGCCUCUUUUAACGAGAUCUCCAUAAAGAACUGCGGAGAGUACUACGUGUACGGUAUUGCAAAACCACCUCCAAACAACCAGUACGGUCAUUGUGUUGAACAAGACAAGACUGCGGUAUGUGAGGCUGCCACUAAGUUGAACAACCCCAAGAGAGGAAUGUUGACUCCUACCACUGAAUACAUUCACGAUCAACAGAAGAUCGUGCAAGACGAUUAUUACAGAUUCAUGAGCGGUUUGGGUCGUCUCACUGCUUUCCAAGUCAAGGAAGAGAACUGUGGUGGAAAAUACAAAGUUCUCAUCAGUGACGUUUUGGAGAAGGAUCAGGAGAACGGUGACGCUCUGCUUGCCCUGAGAACGCAUACCACCGGAUUCACUGGAACUACCUACAGGAACUUAGGACUCCAAUGUGACGGAUACUGGGUAUACAGACUGUUCAACAUUAACCAGAACCAGCUCGCCUACUGCGUUGAAGAGGAUGUGUGUGAGUCGAGCGAGAUCAAGUGGAUCUACGCUACCAACUAUCUGCAAUGGCUCGGAGAAAAGACAGAGAACGAAUGGCACGUCCUCAGCUCUGGGUGGUACGAAGUGAAGGUUGGUAACAAACGUCUUGCUUACUCUCCUUCAGACGUGUACGAUUGUGGUUCCACCUAUCCCGGUUACAUCAACUCUCCUGAGCCCAAGAUAGAGGACGGUAUUGUACCAGGCAGAAUCUGCUACAGAACCAGUGCCACUGCCGAUCAGAGCUCCUGCCAAGUUAUCUCAAUGAAGAAGUGCGCCAACAAGGAACUGUAUUACCUGAACAAGUCACCCAGUGCUAGCUACUCUAUCUGUGUGGAGACUGAUGUCUGUUCUAUGGUUGAGGGUACUCCUCUAGAUGAGACAUGGAGACUCUCAGGCACACCUAAGUCAGCUGGUGGAAAGGACACACAGGCUAUUGGCUGGUACAGGGUAUCCAUUGGAAACGAGAGACUGGCUCACACCAGAGAAGAGGCUAAAUGUGGAGCAACCUAUCAAGGCUGGAUGACACUUGGUCGACACCCUGCCGCCUCAGAGGGCACAGUAAACACCAAAAUAUGCUAUGACACCGGCAACGGCGCUGAGAGCAACUGCAAGAAGGCUCAGGUGGUCAACUGCGGUGGUCACUACUUGUACCAUCUGGAACCAGCAACUACAAACUACGGAGUCUGUGUUGAGAGCGCUGACGACAGCAUGUGCAAGAGCUAUAAAGAACUAGGAGAUGAUUGGAGAAGUACCGAAUAUAGUGCUACUAUCGAUAAAUCAGACCACACUCUCGAGAUUGGCUGGUACAGAUUCACAACAGGUCUGGGCAGGAUGGCGUCUCAUUGUCCUGACUACAAGCACGGUGGUGGUUACUAUCCUUCAUACGCGUACGAUCUGGAGAUGCCCGCUGUUGACGAACCAGUAAAAGAGUUCACGGUAAUGUGGAGACACAGCAGUACCUGCACAUGGACAUCUCUCAAGAGUCACGUAAAGAACUGUGGAGAUUACCCCGUCUACUGGCUGCCAAGGCAAGGUAACGGUCACACCACUUACAACGUUGAGGCAGACUCAUGUGACGCUUCAGAAUACGAGGUGAUUGAUGACGACAGAAGGUUGGCCUGGAAGCCAACAACAGAUAACCAGGCUGACACCACCCUGAAACCUGGUUGGUACAGGUUCAACAACGGACUCAAGAAGAUAAACGAAGAGUGUGUUCCCACACAAUACGGCGGUACCGAUUAUCCUGGUUGGAUGACUGGAGGACACCCGGAUGUUGGGGAGACAGUAUCAAGGAUCGUAUAUUUCAGAACAGGCGCCAACUGCAAACAUGUCGCCAAGAAUAUCAAGGUCAAAAACUGCGGAGCCUUCUACAUCUACAAACUGGUCCCAACACAAGAUGGCCGUGGGUACACCGUCGCAAGUGAGCCUUGUGACUCUGAUCCCAGAGUAUUCGAUCAAGAAGACAGGAGCAUAUACGGUCGUAGCAGCUCUAUGACUAACGACAACGGACUGGCUGAGGGAUGGUACCAGUUUACUGUUGGUAACGGAGUGAUGCCCAAGUCUCCACCCGCACCCAAGUCUUGUAGGACAGAUUACCCAACAUGGUUGGAUGAUCCUGAUCCCACCCCAGGCGAGGGAGUCGUAAAGAGGACCCUCUGUGCGGUUAACGGUGCAAAUCCUUGCAAUUGGCAGAAGGAAAUCAAUGUGAGAAAUUGCGGAAACGACAAAAUGAUGUACUACCUCACAGCUUCGCCUCCUUACUCCGCCUCAAGAUACUGUGUAGAUGAUUCAAUGGACAACGUCUGCAAGAACGCAAAACCACUGAAUGAUGAGUGGAGAGGAUCGAGCCAGCCCGGAACCGGUAAAGCUGAUAGGCUCAUUCCUGAGGGUUGGUACAAGUUUGCUACUCACGGUAAGAGGAUGGCUAACUACCCGGUAAGAAAGAACUUCUGUGGAGCUGAUUACCCUAUCUACAUGAACGCAGAUCACGCUGAGAAAGGCACCUGCGCGCAGAAACAACUUUACCAGGUGUACGCAGACAACAACUGGACCUGGAGAACUGGGUACAUUAUGGAGUGUCACUGUAUGAACGAUGAUUACAUUUACUACCACGUGCCCAACGUAUCUCCCCUGACGUCCUACAACGGUGCCUACUGUGUCGAGGAGGAUCCCUGUAACAAACACGAAAGGAUGACUCAAGACACGAGAAGUCCUUGGUAUAACACCAACAUCGGCAACAACGACCACACCGGCGGUCCAAAAUGGGUCAAGAUUGAAACAGGACUAGGAGUGAUGCCUAAAUUUGUACCAGAGGAGAUCAGCUGUGGAAACAGGUAUGCUGGAUGGUACAAUGGUGAGAUGCCUACUGAGGUCGGAAGCAUGGUCAAAGGACAAUACUGUUUCGUGACGAGUGCCUCUGCUAAGUGCUCCAGUCCUCGUGAUGCCAGGGUAAAGAAGUGUCCUGGUGGAUUCUACGUUUAUCAUCUCCUACCUACUGCUAACGGUAACUACGGAUACUGCGCUGAUUCUGAUGUGUGCGAUGUAGCGUCAGAAGAGUGGGGAAGGGAAGAAAACAGCAGGCUGCAAUACACAUCAACCUCUGGGUUCUACAGCUCCACACAGAAAGCAGAUUCAGGUCUGGGUAACAAAUGGGUCAAGAUCACAACAGGUCUGGAGCGCAUGCCAACUGAAGCUCCUGGUUACAUGUCGUGUGGUACACGGUAUCCUGGUUGGAUGGAGGGAGAACACCCCAUCCCAGCUGAGAGAGUGGUAGACAGGAAGAUUUGCUUCGUAACCAGUACUGAUAACAAUUGUGGUGCUUCCAAGGAUAUCAAGGUGGUUUCUUGUAUGAGAAACAACAAACAGUUCUACCUCUACAAAUUAUACACCAUCGCCGGCGGUAGUUAUCGAUAUUGUAUUGACGAGUCUCCCGAUGAGGUUUGUAAGAUCCCAGACUCUGGUAUCAGAUACGUCACUGACGAGAGGCAUGGAACUGGUCACUACUAUGACAGCGGCUUCCCCGCUGACUACCAAGUGUACAAGAUCCCCACCUGGAUGGAGGUGACCAUCCACAAGAAGAGAUUUGUUCACCAGCCCCCUGUUCCGUACUUCUGUGGUGGUAUCCAAGCUGGUUGGGUUGAGGAUCCUGCUCCGGGACCCAAUGAGGGAGUGAUUGACACUAGAGCCUGCUACAGGGACCAGGGUUCUAAUGAUGUGUGUUACCAGCCCAUGCCUAUGAAGAUGAAGAACUGUAACGGUAAAAUGAGGUAUCUGUACGCUCCAGCCGCUGCUGCUAGGAGGAACAUGUGCGUAGAGGAAGAUAUCUGUGAUGCUAAGAGCCACGAGACAUUUGAUGGAGAAACAUGGAGAACAGCCUUCACAAAGACAGAGGGAACAACCUACAAGAGGGAUUACCAGAAGAUGGACACCUCUCCCUACAGAGGAUGGUUCAGAUUCACGGGAGUGGGACAUAACAGGAUCACGGAGGUACAGCAAGAGUACAUGUCCUGUGGAACACAGUACCCAGGAUGGUUGAAUGGGGAACACCCCUCCACUGAGGAAGGUGUAGUUCGGAGGAUUGUCUCCUUCACUACUGCUGCCUCUACGUACACCAGUACUACAUCUGAGAUAUUCAUAAGGAACUGUGGUAACUUCGUGGUUUACAACAUGAACUUUAACUGGUGGAACACUAACUGGGGACUGUGUGUUGAUACCGAUGUGUGCAAGGCCAGCGUUGGAGAACUCGACCAAGAUCACCGUCUCGUGAACGCUUGGGGCAAGAUCGCCCAAACCGAUGACCGCAGUUUACCUCGAGGAUGGUACAAGUUCACAAACGGAUUCGAGAAGAUGCCUGAGAAAUGCCCAAUCGCUGAAUCGUGUGGGUCUCUAAAGCCAGGUUACCUCUCUCAACCCCAUCCUGAUAUCGGAGAAGGUAUUGUUGAGAGGAAGGUAUGUUUCGGAGAUGCUGACCAGUGCUGCUCCAGCUCCAGAGAUGUGCUAGUGAAGAACUGUGGUACUCACUUCGUCUACAGACUCUACCCUACUACUACCUACGAGAAAUACUGUGUCGAGGAGAGCACAACUACCAUGUGCAACGCUAACGCUUACGACGAGAUUGAUGAUGACUGGAGAGGUGAAACUGUUGCAUACGAUAACGCCGAUAGACAUGACGAUACCCAGCUCACCCCAGGAAACUGGAUUCGAUUUACAAACUACCUCGGUAGAAUGCCUGAAUACUCCAUGUCUAUAUACAGCUGUGGACACUACUAUCCUGGUUAUCUCAGAGGAACUCAUCCUACCAGAGCGGAAGGUGUUCGCAACUACAAUAUCUGUUGGUCCACGUCUAUGACUAACGAAGGUCAGUCCUGUAAGUGGGCCCGAGUACGGAACUGUGGUAGCUACUACCUAUACCAGAUGGAGAAGCCUCCAUCGUGGCAGUAUGGUUUCUGUGUAGCCCAGGACAACUGUAAGGACACCAGAGAGCUGGCUGAUAGGUGGAGACUGGUUGUUAACCCUUAUAUUAGUGGACAGAGCAAGGCUGCAGAUCAGACUGUUAAGAAGGGUUGGUACAGGCUUGCUAUUGGGCACGGUACUCUUCCCAUGUUCGAGCCUGAUACAGCUUACGGAGGUGCCGCCUACCCAUCCUGGAUGCUGGGUGAACUACCAGGACCUGAUGAUGGUGAGGUGGAGAGGACAGCUAGGUUUGCCGGAACUACACACCAAAUCAAGAUCAGAGUAAAGGACUGCGGAGAGCACUACUCAUACUGGCUCCAACCUACUCCUAACGCUAACUACGUGUGGAGUAUUGAUACUGAUGUGUGUCUGCACGCUAACCCUCUAGCAGAGGAGUGGAGGAACAUGUUCUACGUGUCUGAGAAUGAAGAUGACCUACACACUGACUACCAGAAGGGUAAGGAUUGGUACAGAUUCACUACUGGAUUCCAGAUGAUGGCUGAGUCACCUCCCGGUCCUCAGUACUCCUGCGGUACCAAGCACCCUGCUUACCUCAACCAGGCUCAUCCUCACGAGGAAGACGGAGUUGUCCCCAGAGAGGUUUGUAUCAAGGAAGAUGACGAGGAGGGCGUAUAUCAGGCCUGUGCCCAGACGGAGAAUAUCAGGGUGAAGAACUGUGGUGAUUACUACACUUACCAGCUCAACCCUUCUGUACAGGACAUGGCAUACUGUGUCUAUAACCGAAAGACCUCCUGCGAACCUAAAGUAGUCCACGCUAAAUACGGAGAACUGGCCGUCGUGAACUGCACUCUUAACUCUGAGAAAGAUUUCGAUUCCAGCGAGGUGGAGUGGACCAAGUUAAACUCGGUUACCCUGCCUGACGACAGUCUCAGUAACAUCGAGCUGUCAGACGACAGAAUGCUGCUGAACAUCAAGAAUAUCGCUGAUCAGAACGCGGGAGUGUACGCUCUGUACAUCCCCAGCACUGCUACCAGUGAACUUGUGGAGGUUAUCCUGUACAGUGCAGUUGAAGCUGCCCAGAAGUACUACACAGUAGAGGAGGGAGGAGACGUGACCAUUGAAACUGAGAUCAACGUUGUACCAACACCAGCAGCCGAUAAGAUCACGUGGGUUAAGGUACCGAACAAGGAACUGAGCGGAGACAAAUACGUAGUGAGCGACGACAAGACAUCACUCACCAUCAAGGGAGUCACUGCCAAGGAAGCUGGAACCUACAGAGUAUCAGUAGAGUUCGAGGUGGACGGUAAGAAGUUCAACAAACACUCAGACGUUAUUGUUCAACUCGAAGAGGAGGAAGAAGAAUCCCUUGUUAUGUAAAUUGAAAUGGACAUUUUUAUAGAAAUUCUUGACAAUUUGACACAUUUGGCAGGGAUUUAACACUCAUGCACUGUUUUUAAAAUAUUAUAUUUAGAUACUAUAUACAAUAUGCAAUGUACAUAUGCAAUUGAACUUUCGAAAAUUUUAAGACAAGCAUUAACAGAAA